AUGUAUAAAUACAGUGUGUUUUGUUUUUUAUUUCUUGCAACUGUCGUUCAGAAAUGUUACGCGUUGAAAGAAGGCGAAUGUGAGGUUUGUAUUAAAACUGUGGAUAAAUUUGCAGCGACGUUAUCAGAAAAUGUUAAAAAGGACCCAAAAUUAAUAGAGGCCGAAUUCAAAAAAUUCUGUAAAGGGUCAAAGAAUAAAGAGAACAGGUUUUGCUACUAUUUAGGUGGACUAGAAGAGUCUGCCACCGGCAUCCUUGGUGAGCUAUCAAAACCCCUUAGCUGGUCAAUGCCCAGUGAUAAAAUUUGUGAAAAAUUGAGGAAAAAGGACGCGCAAAUCUGCGACCUUCGUUUUGAAAAGCAAAUUGACUUAAAUAAUGUUGAUUUAAAGAAAUUGAAGGUUAGAGAUUUAAAGAAAAUUCUGAAUGAUUGGGAUGAAAACUGUGAUGGUUGUUUAGAAAAAACAGACUUCAUCAAGAGGAUAGAAGAACUAAAGCCCAAAUAUAUGGGUAGAUCUGAUCUGUAA